GAUUUGCUUCCACAACACAUAGCCUUCAUUAUGGAUGGUAAUAGAAGGUAUGCAACUAAAAAGAAUAUUCCAAUCAAAGAGGGUCAUCGUUCCGGAUAUAAGAAACUGAAACAAUGUCUAAAUUGGUGUGAAAUGUUGGGUGUGAAAACUGUUACUGUUUAUGCUUUUUCGAUUGAUAAUUUUAAAAGGGAUAAACAGGAGGUUGACAAUAUUAUGGAUCUAAUGGAUAGAAGAUUUAAAGACAUGGUCACAAAAAAGAAAUCUUUCAUAAUCAAGUAUAAGGUAAUUUUACGAGUUUUAGGAGAUUUCAACAGAUUUCCACAAUAUGUUCAAGAUAGUGCCCAAAGAGCCAUGGACUAUUCUUACAAAAUUAAUUCAAAAUAUGGUAAUGAUGCUCUUAUAUUGAAUUUAUGUUGUCCAUAUACAUCAACCUAUGAAAUCGAAAAUGCUAUCACCAAUUACAUUUCAGAUAAGAUCAGCAACAAAGAUUUAUCAAAUGAGGAGAAAAAAAAGUCGAUAGUAAUAGAGGAAGAAACUAAACUACUCGACAAGUAUUUCCUUACUACAAGUGAACCUGAUAUUAUUGUUAGAACAAGUGGAGAGAUGAGAUUGUCAGAUUUCUUGACGUGGCAGUGCGAAAAAUCCAUGAUUUAUAUUUCUUCUCUGUAUUGGCCAGAAUUUUCAUUUUGGCAAUUGGUGUCUGUUAUUUUGCAAUAUCAACAG